CACGCGCGAGUCGCGAAAAGUUGUCAUGUGUAAUUUUUUACUUGGAAAUUGAAAUAGGUUCUACUACGUGACGAUGUUUCGUACUCUUCUCUGCUUGAAAGGCUUUGUGAGGCCACUCUCAGGAACAAUGUCCUCUGUUAAGCAUUUUUCAUCAAGACCUUCUCUAGCUCAAGCUAAUUUGCUACUGAGCAAAACAUCAAGUAUAUCAUCUCCCUCACGCACUGAUGAAGAACAUGCUGACAUCAGAGUGACGCCCUCUCCAUGCCUGAUGGAUGAAGCUGUUAGUGUCGUUAUUUCAGGACUAGACUCCAACGAAGUGUACACUCUUCACUCCUCUAUUACUGACUGCAAAGGUGUGCCUUUUGCUGCUGUUGCCCACUAUAGGUCUAACAACAGUGGUGUAAUAGAUCUGAAGAACACUCCUGCUUUAGGAGGACACUAUACGGGGGUGUUCCCUAUGGCACCUUUUGUGUGCAUCCUUCCCAUGUCUACAAAACUCAAAGAUCCCAGGAUGUCUAUGCAUGACAUCACUUCACCUCUUAAGUAUAAUCUUUCCGUGUUUGAAGGCGCCUAUGGUUAUCACUUGUUGGUGAAAGGAGCUGAAUUUCUUGGAUUGGAGCCUGUGUGUGAAACAGUCCAUGAGCGCAGGCUCAUGGGCGAUGGCUGCCAGAGAAUCCCAGUGAGGCAUGGUCGAGUGCGUGGGGCACUGCAUUUACCCCCAGGUGAUGGCCCCUUCCCCGGUGUAGUGGACAUGUUCGGCAGCGCCGGGGGUCUCAUGGAGCACCGAGCGUCGCUCCUCGCAGCCCGCGGAGUUGCCACGCUCGCUCUCGCCUUCUUCGACUACGACGACCUCCCCCAAACAUUAGACUCGCUCGACCUCGAAUACUUCAUCGAAGCUGUAGACUAUCUUUACUCGCAUGACAAGGUUUCGAAAGAGGGCGUUGGCGUUAUCGGCACCAGCAAAGGAGGCGACAUAGCUCUGGACUUGGCGAUGGUUUCUCCUAAAGUGAAAGUUAUUGUUCCCAUCAAUGGCAGCUGCUACAGCAUCCAAGCCUCCAUGAACCUUGGAGGGAAGCCUAUUCGGCCGCCGCUUCCUUUCACCAUCGAGGAAGGGCAGAUUCAACGUGACCUCCGUUUGAAUCUAUCACGCAUCUUUGACGGCAAAAAUUGUCCUGAAAGUAUUGUCCCGGUGGAGAAAGUUCCUUGUCACAUGCUGUGGAUUGUCAGCGAGGACGAUCAGAACUGGACCAGUGAAAAGUUUGCCGAUAUUGCUUACCAACGCUACGCCCAGCACAACCCUCAUACCCUGGAGAAAUUCCAGGUGUUGAAGUACCCUGGUGCAGGCCACCUGGUAGAGCCGCCCUACGUGCCGUUCUGCGAGAUGUCGUACCACCGCGUGGUGACCUCCAGCAUGAUUUGGGGGGGCAACGCUCUCGACCACACCCACGCCCAAGUCCACUCCUGGGACGCUAUGUUAAAGCUCUUCAGGGACAAACUCAUGCCGUCCCCCAGCAAACUAUGAACGUCCCACUCCUGGGACGCUAUGUUGAAGCUCUUCAGGGACAAGCUCAUGCCGUCCCC